CAUGCACGCACUGCCUCUUUGGGUGAGGCUGGUCCCGAUUUCGGUACCAUCUUGGCCGAGGCAGUCGCGGUUUGAGGAAGAACACAAGUAUGGCGUCGUUCCCGCUCCCACAGACGUUCUUCCGCUGUCCGCCGUUGUCCGAGAAGGAUGAAAUCACGCUGCGCGAGUUUGCCGAGCAAGCGUCGGUCGACCUGGUGCAAUACUCGCAACUCGAGAACGGCCCGAUCAAGUGGACGCUCCUGGAAGACGACCACGACGUCCAAGUCUUUGUCGGGCACGACCCGACCGCACCGCCACGUGUGAUCAGCUACAUUUCGUCCACCGAAGUACACGCCACGAUCGACGAAGUGUCGGCGCUGUUUCAAGCAGAAACUCCAGAGGACUACGCGACGUACCGGCGCAACUUUGCCAAGGAUAUCAUCGAUGGCGCACUCCUGUACACCAUAGCCAAGCCCACAGAGACCAACCCUCGGCACUUUGUCGGGGUCAGGUGGAUGGUCGUCGGGAGUCCUGUGCCUGCCGUCAUCAACCACCGCGAUUUUUGCUCCAUGGAGGGACGGUAUGACUUUGACGUGAAUGGGCGGCGCGGGUGGAUGCGAUCGUUCAAGUCCAUCAAGUUGGGGGCGUGUCCCGACUUUGGGCCAACGCUGGGGCUUGUCCGAGGCAGCCACCACCGCGUCGGCUACGUCUUCCUCGAAUCGGACCGGCCAGGGUUCCUCAAAGUCACGCAACUCAUGCAACUCGAUACGGGAGGGAACGUCCCGACGUGGUUGAAUCGAUUCAGCGCCAAGCGGCGGGCCCGUUCGAUCGGGCAAAUCGAGACCCAUGUGCGGGAGAAGCGACUCGCCAGCACCGCGUUUGUGUCGGAGGCAUUUCUCGUCGACAAGACGCACCGCAGUCGGUGCUUCCUGUGUCAGCGCAAGUUUGGAGCGUUCGGCGUCAAAUAUUCGUGUCAAAAGUGCGGAGAGGUCGUGUGCAAAUCAUGCUGUAAAGUCUGGAAGGUGCACAUGGGCACUGCCACUGGCACCCGCGUCGAGCCAACGCGGGUGUGCACGACGUGCUCGCUCGGGUCGAGUCAAUAUGGUGGCUCGGGCAGUUGCCUUGCCAUGUCGUCCAGCACAACUCCCAAACUGGUCGGGUCGUGGACUGGGUCGUACAACGCGAGCCCCUGCGUGACGAGUCUCCCCAGAGGUGGCUUUGCUCCCCCUGGCAUGUACGAUUCCAGCAACCACGUACCUCUUCAGCCCCACCGCAACAACCUCGCCAUACCACCGCAGCGCGAUUUGACCCAACCUCCAUAUUACCACGACGCGAGCUACGACGAAUACAAUCACGCUCCAUUUCGAGACGACCGAUUCGACAGCCCCCACCGAUAUGGCUUUCCCCCGGCCGUGCCGCCCCACGACGAUGGCUACGGUCCGUACUACUACGAUGGCGGUCUGCAAUACCAAGGACAGCCAAAGUCGUCGCCGCAGCCUGGGGCUUGGUGGCCGCCGCCUCGUCCCGACCUGUACGACCAGCGCUAUUCACCGGCAUACUACCCGCAGCACCACCGCCCCCCGCCUGACCUCGCGCAAGACGAUUCUCGGCUGUACUACCCCACCGAGCUCUCCCCUUAUCGAACGCUGCCGCCCCUGCCACCAGGACCUCUUCGACAGCUGCCACAACGCGGCCACUCGCCCCGAGCUGAACCUCUCGUGCACCCCGCCCCUGCGACCGCUUCUUUGACAUGUACCCCCAAAGGAUCGUCCGUCGGAGACGAGCGAAACGAUUUGAUCCGGUUGGAGGUCGUCAACGUGCCCCAUGACGCGGUCCGGAACAAACCAGAGUACGCCGACCUGACCAAGGCGUUCACGGGCGCCCCCGCCACGAGCAGCACGAGCAGCGACGGCAGCUCCCUCUUGGUGCGCAGCACGGCGUCCCAACAGCGCAUGUAACCUAAGUUAAAUCUGUGGCAUUGUCUCGGUGGUCGACUGUCCGGCUUCGUCCUGUUCCCCGUCCGCGGCUUUGUCGCCGGGUGGCACCGCAACGAUAGCACGGGGCCAACUGCCAUUGCCAACGGCCUUACGAGGGCUACCUGUCGAGAGAGUGUGGGCGAUCCGUGGUGCCGGAGCGGUACUACCCCGUUGGAUCAAUUCGCGGCCGUGAGUCGAAUGUCGAUGUGCAAGUAGAGCGGCUUCACCGUGAACAGGUGCAAAUGCUUCUUGGACGGGUCGCACGGCUUGGUGUAGAGCUCGAGCGCGAGGGCCGCGCUGCCGGCGGCCUUGAUCUCGUCCAUCUCGAGCAUGGCCCAGCACCGGACGCUCUUCUUUCGCUUGGCUUUCUUGUAGUGAACAAACUCAAAGUAGAUGGUGCUGUCGCCUACAACGAGUCACACGAUGCGUGAGGAAGGGGGCAUGUGUGCCUACUUUGCCGGAGGACGUGCAAGUG